GUGUGGACCUUGUCACCGCCUGUGACAUCCGGUACUGUGCCCAGGACGCUUUCUUCCAGGUGAAGGUGAGUGACAUGGGUUUGGCUGCCGAUGUAGGAACACUGCAGCGCCUGCCCAGGGUCAUCGGGAACCAGAGCCUUGUCAACGAGCUGGCCUUCACCGCCCGCAAAAUGAUGGCUGAUGAGGCCCUGGGCAGCGGGCUGGUCAGCCGGGUGUUCCCAGACAAGGAAGUCAUGCUCAAUGCAGCCUUAGCGCUGGCAGCUGAGAUUUCCAGCAAGAGCCCCGUGGCGGUACAGGGCAUCAAGGUCAAUCUGCUCUACUCUCGCGACCAUUCAGUGGCUGAAGGCCUCAACCACAUGGCGUCCUGGAACAUGAGCAUGCUGCAGACCCAAGACCUCAUCAAGUCGGUUCAGGCUGCGACUGAGAAGAAGGAGUUGAAAAGCGUCACCUUCUCCAAGCUCUGAAGCCCUUGCGCCUUAGGCCCCAGCCAGGAGGCUGACCUUGACCCCUGAAAGGGAAGAUGGGCGGUGACUGUUCUCUGUGCCUUCUUACCCCAUCUCCCAGUUUAUAACUUUAUGACACUGACUUCCUCAAGCCCAAGGUCUUAUCUUCACCCACAAACAAUAAGCAAAGUA